AUGGCUCCCAUAAGCAACAAGGUGGUCAUGGUCGCCAUCUAUCCCGACUUGAGCAAGAAGCAACUCGAUGGAGACAUGGUCAAUCGCCGCAUCAACGACUUCAUCGACGCCAUCAGAAAGGACGCCAUGAUCAUCAUCGACCGCAAGUCAAGCACUCGCUGGUGUAUGUGCGCUGAUCUUCGCAACAAAUGCGAAUGCAAGAAGAAGAAAAAGGGCCAGUCCUGUUGUUCGAAGAUCAUCUGUGAGCCGUGUAAGGCCAUCGCCCGCAUCAAUCCCGACGAGUACUGCCGAAAACUCACCGAAAUCUACAUCCGCCACACCAAGCGCCUACAAAUGCUCGAAGCCAAAUUCACCCGCUUCUACAGCAUGUCCUCCAUCCAAGAAGAGUUCGCCGUAGCCACAAAGCGCCCCGCCAGCAUGUUCCGCAGGAUCUGGCGCCACCGCGGCGACUGUCCCAACGACUGCCGGGGCCUCCUUCACCUCUGGUGCGGCCACAAGAAGCCGUGGACGACCCUGCCGAGCCUUGAAACUUUUCUUAAGUACAAGUUGAUGCACCAGGGCGCCGAGACGGAUAAGGCUUGGAAGCUGUUCAAGGAGGAGUUGGUGAGGAGUCGGUUGUUUGAGGGGAUUUAUAUGGAUUUGCCUCCGGUUGGACAGGAUGCGUGGGAGCAGGGCAAGAGCGAGAGCGAGAGCAUGGUUGCGCAGUUGGGUGAGCCUAUGACGCAGGCUGAUCCUGAGCCUGGUGACGAGACAACUUCCGAGGGUGAGGAGAAGGAGGAUGAGAACUGGAUCUGA